CAAGAACCGGUCAAUAAAUGGCCAAUUUUAGUUACAUAAAUAUUCUUUCCGACAAAACAUUUCACUACAAACAAUUCAGAAUAACUUACAAAGUUUAACAUAUUUUGAACUUUGGUCCGCAUUUAGAGAAGCCAUGUGCACCCAUGUUCAGCAAAGUCACUAGUCGUAUGGCCCCAUAGUGGUGUUCUCCCCACCCUAACGAACAUCGAAUCCACAGCAACGGUUCGAAUGGCAAUCGCGCUCACGGCUACACAGUUCGGUUUUACAGGGCGCGUCGCAUGGAACGCCUGCAUGUGAUAAUAAUGUGCACUGAUCGGUUCAAAUUUAAUCAGUAAAAGCCAGCUCGUGCAACAUACGUACGGCGCAGUCCCGGCGUCCCUUAACUACUGUCCCGCGGGUUUUUUAGUGUGCGUGUUGUGCUGAGGCGAGAGAGAUUUCCCAUUCCAGCAAAAGGGGUCUUCUUAAACCUUUCGUCCUAUAAGUCUAUCCCUCGCGGUAAAGUACCACCAAAGACAUUACACACCAAACCAAAAAAACCAUGUCGGGCGAAACACAUGCAGCGGUGGAGGAAAACAAGGUCCGGUACCGACGGACGCAAAGUGUUACCCGGGCAGAAGAGAUUACCAAAAAGGAGUCGGCACAGCGCAAAUCACAACCGGACAAACCAUGCCACCGACCACGGGAUUCGUUGUUCUCCUGGAGUUCUGGUUUCGACAACUUCACCGGUCUAGUCAAUUGGGGUUUUCUGUUGCUCACGAUGGGAGGCAUUCGGUUGGUGCUAGAAAACUUUAUCAAAUACGGUAUACGCGUUGAUCCGGUACAGUGGUUUACGGUGCUCACCGGGAAGGGCGAAGGUGAAGGUUAUCCCUCACUAAUGCUCGUAAGUUACUCGCUAGUUCCGGUGAUGAUCUGUCUGAUGAUGGAGCGAUCGCUAGCCAGCGACAUCAUUCCCGAAAGUGCCGGAAUGGCAGUACACAUCAUCAACAUUAUCGUGCUGGUACUGAUCCCGAUGGUGGUGAUACACGUGAAGGGACAUAUAUUUAGCUUAGUGGGAGCUAUGACGGUAUGUUUCAUCUAUUGCAUACUGUUCCUGAAGCUUUGGAGCUACGUCCAGGUGAAUUUGUGGUGUCGCACCGAGAAGAAACUACACCGACACAGUCGUUCCGGUCGGCGACAAAGCAUUACGAUAGCUCAGUUGCAGAAUGGACGCGAUCAGGAAGCCGAACGUACCGCCAAUGGUAGCGCGACCGGUUACUGCAACGACAAGGACAAAGUACCGGCACUGGUACACUACCCGGACAAUCUGCAUCCGGUCGAUUUGUUCUACUUCCUGCUCGCACCGACGCUCUGCUACGAGCUAAACUUCCCCAAGACGAACCGGAUCCGGAAGCGGUUCCUGAUCAAGCGUAUGCUGGAAGUCGUGAUUGGUGUCCACAUCGUGAUGGGAUUGUUCCAGCAGUGGAUGAUCCCGUCGGUGCGCAAUUCGCUCGUACCGUUUUCCAACAUGGAUCUUACCAAAACGGCCGAACGACUGUUGAAACUUGCCAUUCCAAACCAUCUGAUGUGGCUGUGCUUUUUCUAUCUGACGUUCCAUUCCUUCCUGAACCUGAUGGGCGAGCUGCUACACUUUGCCGAUCGUAACUUCUACAGCGACUGGUGGAACGCGAACAAUAUUGACACGUUCUGGCGUACCUGGAACAUGCCCGUGCACAAAUGGUGCGUUCGCCAUCUGUACAUCCCGGUGGUGGAGUUAGGCUACUCGAAGGUAGCCGCUUCGGUAAUCGUGUUCUUCUUCAGUGCCUUCUUCCACGAGUAUCUCGUAAGCGUACCACUAAAAACGUUUAAGGUGUGGGCAUUCACCGGUAUGAUGGCGCAGAUACCGCUAUCAUUCGUUGCCAAAUAUAUGGAAACGAAUUACGGACCUCGGUGGGGAAAUAUGCUGGUGUGGGCUUCGAUUAUCCUUGGUCAACCGUUGGCCAUCAUGAUGUACUAUCACGACUUCGUCAUCACCAACUACAACGAUGUGCUGGUGUAGAUGCUUUGUGCCAACAAGAAGAAGGGCCGCAUUCCAAACACAUCACAAAUCACCCCCAUUCACAGACUGUUCAUUUGUAAACAUUCAAUCGAUCGUUCCACUGCUGGCGACAGAAUUGUUGUGUUUUGUUACAACAUUGUUUGCACAUAUUUCGUUUGUUUUCUUUUGUCCUUUUUUAUAAUAAAAAUGUGUUUUGUUCUUUCUGUCCUGUGUAGGGACAAAA